AUGAGACUUUUUUCCGGAUUGACGAUCUUUGUUGCUGCUUCUAGCGCUCUCCAGCUCGCUAGAACUAGGAGAGAAGAGGAACCUGUUCCUGAACCAAUUUACCAUGAACCCGUCUACGAAAAAGUCUACGCGAUCGAGCGAACUAUGGGCUCCAUGGACGACUCAGAAGAGCGAGGAAAACGACCAACCAAGGAAGACAAGCCUGCCAAGAAUGACAAGAAGGACAAGAAGGGCAAAAGGGAUAAAAAGAAGGCCGAAAAAGAAGACAAAAAGGAGGGCAAAAAGGCCGAAAAAGACCAAAAGAAAAAGGACCGAGAAAACAAAAAAGACAAGAAAAAGGCCGAUAAGAAAGAUAAGGACGAGAAGAAAAAUAAGAAAAAGGAAGACAAGAAGGUGAAAAAGGACAAGAAGCAAAAAGACAAGGACUCGAAGAAGGCCGACAAGCAGAAGAAGAAGGACAGAAAACAGAAAAAGAAGGGCGCGCUCAGAGAUGCCAAGAAGAAAUCAAAGGAAGAGUCCCAGAGGCUCGGAUUGAGAUCGCGAUCCUUCAACAAGGCCGCCUUUUUGGCCGCUUGGGAAGCUAACAACCCAUAA